UUUUGAACUCGCGCUAUUAUUUUUGCAAUGGUGCUUGCGAUUCCGCACUGCAAUUAAGCACUGACCAAAAACUGGCCAUGCUUUUAUGUUUACUGUAAUAAAAUUUUAAAUUUUUGCCUCAUAGAAUGGUAAAAGAGCAGUAUAGAGAAGCAGCUGUUGGAAAAACAAUAGGCAGCAUCAGUUUUGGUUUGUUUUCUGCUGAUCAAAUUCAACAAUUGUCAACUGUGCAAUGCGUUACCAAAACUCUUUAUUCUCAAGAUGCGGCAAGAACACCUGUUCCUUAUGGUGUCCUCGACAAAAAACUUGGCAUCAGUGGAAAAGACAAAGUUUGUGAUACCUGUGGUAAAACUCUUGUUGAUUGUGUGGGUCACUAUGGUUAUAUUGAUUUAGAACUUCCUGUCUUCCACAUUGGUUAUUUUCGUUCUACAAUUGUUAUUCUCCAACAAAUUUGUAAAAAUUGCAGUCGCAUUUUACUAAAUGAAGAAGAUAGAACUACAUAUAUUAAAGCUUUGAGGCGGCCAGGGUUAACAAGUCUUCAAAGAAAAACACUUCAUAAAAAGAUUAUUAUGAAAUGCAAAAAAGUAACAACUUGUUUUUAUUGCAAUGACAGAAACGGUAAUGUUAAAAAACUUGGAAUGAUGAAGAUUCUUCAUGAAAAAUACAAAACUACUCGAAAAGUUGAUGAUGGUAUUAUUACUGAUUUCAAAAAUUCUUUUAAUGAAGCAAUUGUUUACAACAAAGAGCUUGACGGAAUUACUUCAAAAAUGAAUCUUGUGUUAAAUCCACUUAAAGUCUUCCAUAUCUUUCAAAAUAUUACUGAUGAGGAUUGCUAUUUACUUGGAAUGGUUCCUGCUAGUGGUCGUCCUGAAGAUCUGAUUAUAACUAGAGUUCCUGUGCCUCCUGCAUGUAUACGUCCAUCUGUUAUUUCUGAACUUCAAGCAGGCAGCAAUGAAGAUGAUUUAACAAUGAAACUCACAGAAAUGAUUUUUUUAAAUGAUGUCAUUCGUAAGCACAGAUCAACAGGUGCCAAAGUGCAAAUAAUUAUGGAAGACUGGGACUUCUUGCAACUGCAAUGUGCUUUAUAUAUAAAUGGGGAAAUGUCUGGAAUCCCAAUGAAUAUGCAACCAAAAAAAGCUACUCGGGGUUUUGUUCAAAGGUUAAACGGUAAGCAGGGUCGCUUUCGUGGAAACUUGUCAGGGAAGCGUGUUGAUUUUUCAGGAAGAACUGUAAUAUCACCUGAUCCAAACUUGAGAAUUGAUCAAGUUGCUGUGCCUAUUCAUGUGGCAAAAGUUUUAACUUUUCCUGAACCAGUAAAUAAAUUUAACAUAAAACUAAUGAAAGAACUUGUAAAAAAUGGAGCUGAUAUCCAUCCUGGAGCAAACUUUGUUAUAAGCAAAAAUACAGGCAUUAAAAGAUAUUUAAAAUAUGGUAAUCGUGCAUUAGUUGCAAACGAGUUACGCUACGGGGAUAUUGUGGAACGCCAUUUAAUGGAUAAUGAUGUUGUACUUUUCAACCGUCAACCAUCUUUACACAGACUAAGCAUUAUGGCUCAUUAUGCAACUGUCCGUCCUCAUCGUACAUUUAGAUUCAAUGAAUGUGUAUGCACACCGUACAAUGCUGAUUUUGAUGGAGAUGAAAUGAAUCUGCAUCUUCCACAAACAGAGGAGGCUAAAGCAGAGGCUCUUACGCUAAUGGGGACAAAGUCUAAUUUAAUAACUCCAAGAAAUGGUGAACCACUUAUAGCUGCAACUCAAGAUUUUAUAACUGGCGGUUACCUUAUAACUCAAAAAGACAUUUUUUUAAACAGAUUUCAGUUUUGUCAGCUAACUUCCAUGAUACUUGCUGGGAAAGAUGUCAACAUAAAAAUUGAUAUUCCACCUCCUGUUAUUUUAAAACCUGUAGAAUUAUGGACUGGAAAACAAGUUAUAAGUGUCAUGCUUCGGCCAAACAAUUUGUCUUCUACUCUUGUUAAUUUAAGAACUAAAGGGAAGAAUUAUUCAAAAGAUGAAGAAUUAUGUGUUAAUGAUUCUUAUGUUGUUUUACACAAUAGUGAUUUGUUAGCUGGUACAUUAGAUAAAAAUAUUAUUGGAUCAGGCUCAAAAGAUACAAUUUUUUAUGUUUUAUUACGAGAUUUUGGUGAACAGGCUGCUGCUGAUGCUAUGUGGAGGCUUGCAAGAAUUACACCAUGGUUUCUAAUGAACUUUGGUUUUUCCAUUGGUAUUGGUGAUGUAACACCAGGUCAAAGCUUGAUUACCGCCAAAGAAACUUUGUUGAAAGCUGGUUAUAACAAAUGUGACAAGUUUAUUGAGGAAUACAAUAAUGGUAUGCUACAGACUCAACCUGGCUGCUCACCUGAAGAGACACUUGAGGCAAUCAUUUUACGUGAGUUAUCAGUAAUAAGAGAACAUUGUGGUAAAGCUUGUCUUCAAGAACUUCAUCGAAGUAACAGUCCUCUUAUUAUGGCUUUAUCUGGUUCUAAAGGUUCUUUUAUAAAUAUCUCUCAAAUGAUUGCUUGUGUUGGCCAACAAGCUAUCUCCGGACAUCGAACACCUGAUGGAUUUGAAGGAAGGUCAUUGCCUCAUUUUAAAAAGCAUUCAAAGAUUCCUGCUGCAAAAGGUUUUGUUGGGAAUAGUUUCUUCUCUGGUAUGACUCCAACAGAAUUUUUUUUCCAUACUAUGGCUGGUCGAGAAGGCUUAGUGGAUACAGCUGUUAAAACUGCUGAAACAGGUUAUAUGCAACGUAGGCUUGUUAAGUCAUUGGAGGACUUAUCAUUACAGUAUGACUAUACUGUACGUUCUUCUAUGAAUGAUGUAGUUCAAUUUACUUAUGGCGAAGAUGGUUUAGAUCCAGUAUGUAUGGAAGGCAAAGAUAAACCUUUAGAUAUUGAGAGAUUGUUCCAUCAUUUAAGGUGUACGUAUCCUUGUAAUCAUGAAAAGUCAUUAAACACAGAAGAAAUAUUAAAACUUUCUGAAAAUGUUUAUAAUGAAUCGAUCAGUGUACAAAAAUGUGGUUCAUUGUUGAUUCAAGAUUUAAGGGACUUCUUUAAAAAAUUAGUAAAAAAUUUGAAGCUUUCAGAAAGUCUGUUGCUGUCAAAUAGAAAAGGUACAGCUCAUAUAGCAGAAACUCAUGUAAUAAAAACUAUAAAUGAAUGUGCCAAGCGAUAUUUACAUGCUAGGUGUGAACCAGGUACUGCUGUUGGUGCAUUAUGUGCUCAGAGUAUUGGUGAGCCAGGAACACAAAUGACUUUAAAAACUUUCCAUUUUGCUGGAGUAGCUACUAUGAACAUUACACUUGGUGUUCCUCGUAUUAAGGAAAUUAUUAAUGCUUCAAAGAAGAUAAGUACCCCUAUAAUAACAGCGCCUCUAGAGGUUGAUGAUGAUAUAGAAUAUGCACGCAGUGUGAAAGGACGAGUUGAAAAAACGACUUUAGGAGAGGUUUGUGAGUACAUUGAAGAAGUUUUUACUCCAGAUGCAUGCUAUCUUUUAAUUAAGAUUGAUUCUCAAAGAAUUAAUCUUUUAAAGCUAGAAAUUGAUGCUAAUGCAAUAAAGUAUGCACUCUGUAUUUCACCAAAACUAAAGUUAAAACCACAAUUUGUUUCCAUUCAUGGCAAAAAUGUUUUAACUGUUCAUCCAAUAGAAACUGCCAAAAGUUCUAUGUACUACAUCAUGCAGAAUCUUAAAUGUCAACUUCAACAUGUUCUUGUUAAAGGUUAUCCAACUGUCACUCGUGCAAUUAUUCAUCUUGAUGAUGAGAAAAAAGGUUCAAAAAAUAGCUAUAAACUUUUAGUUGAGGGUGAUGAUUUGAGGUCAGUAAUGGGAACAAGAGGUAUUAAAGCUUCCGAAUGCACAUCAAAUAAUACAAUUGAAGUUGAAAAAACAUUGGGUAUUGAAGCUGCAAGAGUUACUAUAAUGAAUGAGAUUACAUACACAAUGAAAAGCCAUGGAAUGAGUAUUGACAGCCGACAUGUAAUGUUACUUGCAGAUCUUAUGACUUUCAGGGGUGAAGUUCUUGGUAUAACAAGGUUUGGGCUUGCAAAAAUGAAAGAAAGUGUUCUUAUGUUAGCAUCGUUUGAAAGAACUGCAGAUCAUUUAUUUGAUGCCUCCUAUUACGGAAAGAAAGAUGCAAUAAAUGGUGUAAGCGAAUGUAUUAUUAUGGGUAUACCAAUGAACCUCGGCACUGGCAUGUUUAAAUUAAUUCAAAAGCAUCAACAGGAUGUUCUUGCUACUCCGAGACCGCUUAUAUUCGACAGAACUUAAAUUCGCUAAAAUAAUUUGUAAUAUUUUGAGUAGCUAGAUGUUUUUGGUAAUAUUUUUUAUUACAAAUUAA